AGUGUUUCUUAACGGCGUUGACUCAACAUUUCGCUUAGCUCAUGGCACAACGGGGCCUCAAAUUGCGAAGGAGGUCCGUUUCUGCGAAUGAAGAAAAUAUUCGAAGAAGCAUCACUAAGCUUGAUACCGAUGCCGUGGAAAAUGGGAUGCAGAGAUUAUCCUUGCGUCCCCGUGGAGCUCAGAACGCACGCACUCGAUCAAAUACCCUUGCAGCCAAUGAAAUUAAAGAGAUCACAUCUCAGGUGCGCGAACAAGAGGGAGCACAAGGCUUUUUUGGAAAAUUUUUAACAACUCUAGGGUUUCGUCGUCAGACAACUAGCGAAGUCUUCGAUAACCAAGAAAGGAAGCAGGGUGAGGCAAAAGAUCUUGAAAUAACAGAUAACUCAAUUUACGAAGAGAUUGAUCUUCAGUCGGACCAUCGUGAUUUCCUCGUCCAUAUCGCCUGCUAUCCAAGCACCACAGAAACGGAUUGGCUUCCACUUGGAGGCCAUCGUGCAUUUACACUCACUAAUCUUUUUCUAAUAGAGGUUUUCUACAAUGAUCGCCUGGCUACUGAGGUUCUUCCUCUUGCUGCUUACCUGGUUGCCGUGACAGUAUCGAAACGCAAAAUCUGUCGCAAUCAGCUUGAAGAGCUGGCCGUAGCGGCUGUACGCCUUGCCUCAAAAUUCGAAUCACAGUACUGCUUGGGUCCCGAUACUACAGAAGAGUUUGGCUUCGUGAAACUGAAUAGAAUGGAAAGAGCAAUUUGCCGUGCAACCGACUUUCAACUACAUCGUUGCAGUGCGCUGUUCUUUAUGCGCAUAAUACAGAAAUUAGUUGAGCAACAUACGUGGCAAUGGAAAUUUGCAAAGAUCGCUAACCAGCUGGCUUAUUGCCAAAUGGAACUAGCAACGCUAAGACCAACCCUUCUUGCCGGUGUGGUGAUGCGGCUGUGUUGUCUUCUUGUCAGUGAUGACGAAUGGCCGGAAGAGUGUUAUACAGUUCUUGGCGAACCCAUUGAUGACUACGAUGAACCUCAUGCCAUACUCUGCCGUCUUCUACUCACUGUGCGCGUCGAGGAUGCUUUUGCUGAGGCAUACGUACGAUUCCAUCAUACUAUCGAGCGAGCCCUUUCCUUCCGACCAGGUUGGAUCGAAGAGCAAUCGGCACCUGCUAACAGAAUUAGAAUGGUCGGAAAUCGUAUAUUCCAUGAUUAAUCUUUUACUAGUUCUACAUAACGCAAUCUCUCCAACUCUACAACUAUGUACAAUAC